GCUUGUGGUGCUCAUUGAGUCUCUGAAAGCACAGGCACCAUGACUGCACCAAGGGAAGAGAGUGAGGGAAGAUACCUGAAGGUCAAGGUUCUCGACUUCUUUGAUCGUCGUCUGGCCGGUGGUUUAGUAUCAUGGAGGCAGUUAGGUAAACAAUUAGACUUCACCUCUAUGGAUGUUGAAAAAUUGGAGUCUGACGGGUUGAAAAUAGACCAGUCAUCUGUUAAACUUCUCCUGCGUAAUUGGGAGUGUCGAGAAGGUGGAUGCAACGUGGAGCUACUCAAGAAGAGCUUGGCGGAAAUUGGCCGAAACGAUAUUCUUUGGGACCUCAGGGCUGAAUAUGAAAAUCAAGGUAUAGAAUUGGUUGAAUCCAGGUCCUAUCCCAGAACCAUUGGUCGAAUACCACUUGGUGAUGGAGAAGUUCUACUUGUCGGAAAAGGGUACAAUGUACGAGAUUUUCAGCUGCAAGAGAAGAGAAAAUUGGAUCCGGAGCCGGUAAUAAGAACGGAUUUAUCUACUUCAGGCGAUCAGAGCUGGGGUGGCGGCUCCAUGGACAGCACUCCAGGAUCAAACAGUCCAAAGAAUUUUAGGAAGUCAACAAGAGCGGUAAGCUGA